AGAGAAUCGAGUGAAUCAACAUGGCCAUGCAUGGUCAUGUUGAGUUUAAUAACAUAUUUUGAACGAAUAAUUUACGCGUUUUUCGGUUAUUCUGGAUAAAGCUGAGUUGAUGUAGAGCUUGUAUUGUUUUGGAAAGGCUUGCUAUAGCGAGGUUAGUUGUUUAAAGUGCAAAAGAUGUGGCACGAAGCGAGAAAGCAGGAGCGAAAGAUUCGUUGUAUAAUGGUGAAUUACAAAAAGCGCGCUGAACGAAGAAGGGCCUUUUACGAACGAAUGAAAACCGACCCGACAACGUUUUUACGGAUUCAGGGAUCGAAUUGCAAGAUCCACAUCGAACAUCAAAACUCGGACAAUAUAAAUAUGAUGCCCUGGCAAGGUGAUAAAAAUGUUAUGAUUGAUAGAUUUGAUGUGAGAGCUCAUCUGGAUUACAUCCCAGAACCCACGUUGGCUCAUGCUGCUAGCUCAAUGACAAGUUCAGAGGAGAAAAAGUUGAAUUACGAGCGCUACCGUACUCUGGUUAUGAUAGAGGCAUCUGGGGCGACGGAAGAGGUGUAUUUGAGGCAACUCCGACAGGAGGAAGAGAAUCCUAGAGUGCAGGCGGACCUGGUGGAAAAGAAAGACAAACCAGCCCCAAAGGCAAGUAUUGGCUAUACGUAUGAAAACAGUAAUCUUGUAAUGAACGAAGGUGAAUCUAAUUCCGAAGACAGUGAUAGCGAUAGCGACAUGGAUUUAGACAUUGAUGUUGCUGUUGAUGUUGAUGAGUUGGAUGAUGAGCAGAGGGAUCAACUAGACAACUUAGCUCUAAAGUUUGGAAUGGAGGCAGAUAGAUAUUGUUCACUGUUAAAAGCAGAUAAAGAUGAGGCCGAACAUGUGCAGAAAGUUCAGGAUGAAGAGGAAGCGAGGAGUCAGCUACGUGGGAGGCGUGCAAAGAGGGAUCGUCGGUCAAUGAAGGAUCGACAAAGGGGAACUGUGACCACCUCACCAUUAAGCUAUCUACGAAAGGCGAGUCCCUCUUACGAGGCUUACCGUGAAAGUCGGUCAAGGUCACGGUCAUCCUCAUCAGAUGGAGAGCCUACGAAAGUCGAGUAUAUAACUGAGUUUGGCUCUCCAGCUGGCAAGGAUAGCAACUCUACAUACAGUGAUAGGAAAAAAAGUUCUGAUCAAAAGAAAGUGAAAAGCAAACAUAAAACAUACGAUGAUGAUGAUUAUGGACAACAUAACUAAAAAAAGAUCAGAAAAUUGCAGGAAAUAUAAUUCUGAAAGAAGAUCUAGGUCGAAAUCACGUGAACAUCGGACAAAAUAUCUAUCCAG